GGUCUGUCCAUUUACAACCAUCUUCCACCACAACAACCACAUCUAUUCCUCUCAGCGCAUCGAUCCCCCGCGCCACCGCCAACAUGUCUGUCCCGGCUUUCUCGGAUAUCGCCAAGGCGGCGAAUGACCUCCUCAACAAGGACUUCUACCACCUCUCCGCCGGCACCCUCGAGGUCAAGAGCAACACCCCGAACAACGUUGCCUUCAAGGUCACUGGCAAGAGCGGCCACGACAGCGUUACCAGCGGCACGAUCGAGGGGAAAUACACUGACAAGCCCAAUGGCUUGACCCUCACGCAGACGUGGAACACGGCCAACAUGCUCGAGACCAAGAUCGAGUUUGCGGACAACCUGGCCAAGGGCCUCAAGGCCGAGGGUAUCUUCAGCUUCCUCCCGGCCACCCAGGCCCGCGGCGCCAAGUUCAACCUGCACUUCAAGCAGAGCAACUUCCACGGCCGCGCCUUCUUCGACCUGCUCAAGGGCCCCACCGCCAGCAUCGACGCCAUUGUCGGCCACGAGGGCUUCCUCGCCGGCGCCUCGGCCGGCUACGACGUCCAGAAGGCCAAGGUCACUGGCUACAGCGCCGCCAUCGGCUACCAGGCCCCGACCUACAGCGCCGCCAUCACGGCGACCGACAACCUGAGCGUCUUCUCCGCCAGCUACUACCACAAGGUCAACAGCCAGGUCGAGGCCGGCUCCAAGGCCACCUGGAACUCCAAGAGCGGCAACACGGUCGGCCUCGAGGUCGCCGCCAAGUACCGCCUGGACCCCGUCUCCUUCGUCAAGGCCAAGAUCAACGACCGCGGUGUCGCUGCCGUCGCCUACAACGUCCUCCUCCGCGAGGGAGUCACCCUCGGCGUCGGCGCUUCGUUCGACACCCAGAAGCUCGACCAGGCCACCCACAAGGUCGGCACCAGCUUCACCUUCGAGUCGUAAGACGCUGGCGCCCAGUAAUGGGGUGUCGGGGUUCGGGCGACGGAGUGGAGCUCGUGAUGCAGGGUCGGCGACCGCAUGGACACGGGACAAGCGCUCGGUAGCAGAAGACAUGCUGCACUGUACAGUAGACUCCCCCAAGGCAGCUGUAAAUGCUAAUUGCUCGCGAUUGUGUCUGUAUAACCGACGUGACCAUCCAUUGACCCCACACCGAGCCGGCUGUUGCGCCCGAAAAAAAAGAUGGUACCAAACUAUUGUGUUGUCUGUGAUCUGACGUUCUUUGCCUUCUGACGCUCUUUCUCCCUCUCCCUCUCCCUCUCCCUUUCCCUCUCCCUCUCCACAGCCCGAGCAUGCCCCCCGCCACCAGGACCUACCACCCUGGCACCCCAAAACCCCGACGCCAGAAACGGCACGAUGACGACGACCGCCAGGAUGGCGGCCACCGCGAAGAAGCUCAUGUUGGUCGCCGACUCCGGCUGGUCCAGGUCCACGCCCAUCUGCUGCGCCCGCCGCUGCGCCCGCCGCUCGUCCCCGCGCCGCUGCGCCCGCUCGUGCGCCUCCCGGUCGAAGUGCGGCACCUCCCCCUGGUGCCCGAACGGGUCCUGCCCGGGGCCCAUCCCGC